AUGCCUUCACUCCACUGGGACAGAAUUUUGGUUGGAGUCACCUGUUGUGUAGUGCCUGUGACCCUUUGGGCACUCUGUAUUUGGCAGCUCCUCAGAUUCAAAGCAGGCCCUUCAGCUCUGGGAAUCUGCGGCUUUGUGUUACCUUCUUGGUUCUGUGAAUUCCUGGAGAAUUCAGUUAAUUUUUGUGACUACAGUACAGAAACAGUGAACAUUUCAGAAAAAUAUAAAAACCUUCCUUUUAAAGAGAUUAUAGUGGGUAAAUAUGACCACUCCCAAAAGGAAUGUGCACCCGAUACAGUAAAUGGUAAUGCCUCAAUAGGAAUCUGGAUGUGCUCCGGAGAAAGGAAAAUUCCUACUUUAAAGCCUCCCCAAAUUCUUAAUUGUAAUGAAAAUCUGGACUCCUUAACAUCACAGGCACCUGUGGCAGUAAUGGCUACAGUGAGUCAACUCUUGGAUGCCAACAAAACAGAAUUCAUCCACAAUAAUCUUGUCAAUGCAACAACCAGCCUCACAAAAGCAAUGGAGGAAUUUUCUUUGAUUGGUAACAUCUCAUAGCCCAAUGUUGCAAUCCAGUGUGCUCCACUAAAUUUAAGCUCCUCCUAUGAUUCUUAUGAACCAUAAAUCCUAACUCAUAUACUGCUAAUUGUUGCAGAUACAGUGUUGGGAAAGUUUCAGUCAACAAAACUAGAAAUACAGGAAAGUAUUCCUGGGCUUAUUGGUGACCUCAGUACUGAAGUUCGGAUACUGUUCAACAUUUUAAGUAAGAGUUCCACAGACAGUGGCAGAGAUGAAUUUGUCAUGUACCAAAACGACAAAUUCUUCCAGUCCAGGGUUUAUCGGAGUCUCCACAAUAAAACCAUUGUGUGCUUCGACAUCCUUCACCAGGAACUGAUUCCAGAUGUUACUGCUUUCUUGCACACAAUGCUCUUAUAUAAAAUAGAAAUAUGCAAAGCCUUGGAUUGUACUUCUUAUAUUGGUGUUGGAUUGUCCAUGGCUGGUCUGGUCAUUAGUAUUUUGUUCAAAAUACUCACUAGGGAAACUCAAAACUUAUCUGCAAAGUGGAUGUUAGUGGGUCUUUGAUUUUCUAUGCUCAUUUUUAACAUCAUCUUCAUCUCCGGAAUUGUGAACCAAACUUCCAUGAAGUGCAGUAAUGACACCACCAGAUGCUACCAGCAAUGUUUUCCUUAUGAUGCCCCCAGUACCACCUUACUCACCUCUGGCAUGGUGGAUCCUCCUACAGACUCCUGGUGCACAGCUGUGCCUGUCCUACUGCACUAUUUCUUGUUGGCAACAUUCCUGUGGUCAGCACUCAGUUCUGCACUGUUGUACUUACUGCUGCUCAGAGCCAUGAAGCUGCUGCCUGAACACUUCCCCAUAUCCAUGUCAGUAAUCGGAUGGGGAAUCCCUGCCAUAGUAGUUGCAAUAACACUUGCAGCUACUGACAGAGAAGAAAAAGCUCUAAACUGCUGAUAGGAAGAACUUUGCUGGCUUGCAGCUCUGGACCAAAAUCAGAAUUUCAGUGUGUAAAAGCCCACAUUGUGGUCAUUUCUUUUGCCAGUUGCACUCAUAUUCCUGUUUAACAUCUUGAUCUUCAUCAGGAUCAGUAUCUCUGUAAUACAGAAGAAGAUUAAUUUGAUAAGGUCACAUGGAGAAAAAGGAUUCAUCAAAAAAAAAUAUUGGCACUAUCUCUAUAGUGUAGUGCUCAAAAUUUCCUGAAUGAUUGGCUACCUCAUGUUAAUAAGCACUGAAAAAACAAGUCUUGCUUUCAGCUUUCUGAUUUGCAUUUUGAAUGCUACCCAGGGACUCCAGAUUUGUAUUCUGUUCACUUUCAGAAUACCGCUCUUCAAGAAAAAUGUUUCCAAUGUGUUUUCUGUUUUUCAGAUACCACUGUAUCUGCAUUCAAAAACACUAAAGGUUUUAAAAGCCUGA